AUGGGGCAUUCCGCUUCUGCGGACUCUGCAGAAUGUGCUGCUCCGGGUGCGACGGCGGCCCCGUCACCCAGUAGCUUGCUGUGGGUGAGGAUUCUCACAGGAAGCAAGCUGCAAACUCCCACCUCCUUGAGUGGAGACAGCAUUCUCAAGGUGUGCCGGUGGUUACUCGGUCAUCCGCAUACUUGGCGAUUGUAUGUGACAGUUUCCGUCGGCAGGGGGCAGGGACAGACCGAGAUCGUGCACGUUCCGAGCCAUGGCGAUGUCAGCUUCACCCAUGCCCCUAUUCCGUUCACUCUUGAGGACAUUGUCACCUAUGAUCCUGGUUUGGGUCCCCGGGCCAGCUCCUUGGCCUCCAUGUCAUUGGCAUCCACGUUGCUUGACAGGCGAAUUCCUGAGAUGACAAUCAAAGUUUACCGAGUGCGUCGUAUUUGUCAGGAUGCCUUAGUGAGUGUCGCACGUUUGCCGAUCAGCACGACGGAACUGGCGGGCACUUCAAGAGAGCAUACGAUUUCUCUCGCCAAUGGUUGUGGAAUGAUCACAGUCCGUUGCAGCUUCAAUUGUUCGGUGAAUGAUUUACCGAACUUGCAAAGUGUACUAGCAUAUCCACGACGUCACUCGUUGGCGAAGUUUGCGCAAGCAUUGGCCCAACUUCUACAAGGAGAAGACGGUCUGGAGAUACUGCAGCGAGCAGUUCCAAAAGCUUUGCAUCUACCGACUGAGAAAGUCACCAGCACAAUGCAAAGCUUUCUGGUCUCGCUCUGCAAUCAAGUGAGCAUGCUUUCCGACGAUGAAAGUGACCGUGAGGUCAUGCAACGAUUUGCCCCGCUUUCACGAAGCAUCCAAGACUUCACUGCAGAGUGCACGCACAACUCUGCUAACGUGGCAGCACUCACGGAGGAGUGGCUGUGCGGGACUUUCUCUUUGUGUGCACAGAAAGCCGGCGGCCAAAAGCUUCCGUCGAUGAACAACUACAUGAUCAAGGAGUUCCUGAAACAAGGGGAACGCUACCCAGGAAUGGACCACCUUGUGCCAAUCGAUUCUCGCGGAGAUGCAGUUCCGGAUUGGCUGAACUCUCCGCCAAUGGUUCGUCGAGACUUUGUGCCUCGCGAAGCUGUACUUGGCAAAGGCAUGUUUGGUACCGUGUGGCGAGCAAUGGACUUAAGAUCCCGACAGUGGUAUGCCGUGAAGCGGAGCAACACCUCGCGGCAGCCAACUAUCGCGCGAGAGCGUGAAGUAACGAAUCAUGUUUUGAUGAAUCCGCAUCCGUGCAUUGUGCAGAUCUUUGGGAACCACUACAUCGAGACUGGCUCGUGCUUCUCUUCAUUGGUGAUGGAGUUUUGUGCUGGAGGAGACUUGCAGGACAAGGUGAACGAGGCUCACACUGAUCAUUAUCGACUUCCAGACCAAGCAAUCACAUGGUUGGGGCAAAUCUUUCUUGGCUUAGAGCACCUGCACAUGGUGUUAGGCACUUUGCAGCGCGACCUCAAGCCUCGCAAUGUGGUUUUCUCUGACGAUGGCCGGGCGAAGCUGACAGACUUCGGCAUGGGGCGGAUAGGCUUGGUUUCCACUGGCGCCUUCACGCUGCAGAACUGUCCUCCAGGAAGUCCUGCUUACGUCGCACCCGAGGUAGUGCUCCAAAAGCCGUACGACUUCAAGGCCGACAUCUAUUCCUUUGGAGUCGUUUGUUGGAAUGUCCUCACCGGGGGCGUUCGGGAUACUGGCGGGGAUUGGUCGGCCCCCUGCUAUGCGUUUUCUUCCCAUAACUUCGCCAACCUGGCCAACAACCACCGCUUGUUGGAGAAGCAUGUUAAACACCCCUCCAGGUACAACGUGCCGAGUACACCGUCGGAGGCUGCGUCGGAGUUUGUUCUGCUGCUCACGAAGCUGGACCCUGAACAGCGCCCAGACCACGGCAAGAUCCGCAGUGUGCGGUUCAUGAGUUCUCUGGGUUUGCCCGCGCCUGAUGCGAGACGUAGCCAGAUCGACGAGUGGAUUCGCAGUCGCGAAAGGGCAAAAGACAAAACGUAG